AUGCCUGUAGAGAGUGGAAGCAGUGCCGCCGCCCGUCACACCAAGCAGAAGCGCAAGUCCCACAGCCUGUCCAUUCGGCGCAGCAACAGCACUGACCAGGAGCAGCGCACAGUGACAGGCAUGCAGAGGGAUAUGCUGGACGGACAGGUGAGUGAGCUGACUACCGCAGUAAACACACACAAAGUAAACACACAAACAGCACACACGGUAUCUCAAUACACAAACAUACAUGCGCACACACAUGCUCUCGUUCUCUAAAACAUAUGAACGUUUUAAAAAGCAGUAAGCUUGUAUCUGUUUGUAAUUUUUAUUUAUUUAUUUAACCUUUAUUUAACUAGGCAAGUCAGUUAAGAACAAAUUCUUAUUUACAAUGACGGCCUGUAAUGUUAGCUAGUCCGUUUGGUAAGAUGUACUACUGAAAUUGAAACCACUACAGUAAAAAAAAAAAAAGCUAACCAUUGUAUGUUGAUUAGCAUGUCAAUUGUCAACCUGUUUGUUGGUGGGAGGUUUGUUUGUGUGAUAUUAUAAGGGAGAGAGGACAGUACCGGCCGGUUUUUGCGACAGGCUUUCUACCUGGUGUUACAAUAUCAUGGCUAACUCAAGUGUUAUGCUUUAAGUAAGAUGUUGUACUUUCUCAGAGAAAGUGUAGACAUACAUCAUGUGUCUCAGGGUCCCUUGGGGACUGAGGUGCAGAUAGGUGUAUAUUUAGCCUAGGUUGUUUUCAUUUUGAAUCUGAAACCUGUGUAUAGUUAGUCAAGUGUGUACACAGUAUGUGUGUAGGCUAGUUAAUGAAAUGUGUGUAGUUAGCCAUGGUAGUAACCUUAUUAAAAAUAAGCCUAAAAUGAAAAGCCUCCUUCAGAGAAGAGUAUAAAGACAUUGUCUACUUUAGUGUUAGAGUUGCUGAAAAUACAUGAAUGUUAAAUUAUUGACUCAAUACAUUAAAUAAGUGAAUUAGCCUAUCUCUAGUUACAAUUCCUGGCUUAAUAUUUAAGUUAAAUAAGUUAGUGAUUAACCAUACCUCCACGAUCAAUUGGAUAGUGUCUCACAAUACUCGGACACAGUUGAUUUGUCUCUAACAGCAAGACUAAGAGCCUUUUGAUGAGACAGACAGUCGGGCACCAUCCCUGAUGCAAACACAGUGUUGGCUACCUCACAGUCAGUGAGGUAAUAAAUCCUAGGCCUACUGUUUGAUCAAGCCCAUGUUAUCACUAUACCAAUAAAAAAGGAAGUUGACAGCAGUACAGUACAAAAGCAGAAACUGAAAUUACGUUAGAAUUUGUCCUCUCAAUGUUUUACCGUUGUUAAUAAAUUGUGUAGGCUAGCCUUUGUCCAUCUAAAAAAACCUAAAAACGUUUUAUUAGGCCUAUUCAAGUGUGAGUAGUCAUGAUGAAUAAGCAUCACCUCAGUAUAUUUAGGUCUAGGUUAUAUUGUUUUCAGAUGACUGGCAUCGGUUAUUAUGAUUUUUCUCUAGACAGUCCCUCUAUAGACUGUCAUUAGCCUGUUUGUCCAGUCUAUUUGCUCUGAGCAUACAGUAACAGUACCACAAGCUGCUGUUGUCUCAUCAAGUUUUAAUACCGUCCGCUUGUGCAGGUAUGAGUAUUCUUUUCAUCAAGGCUCUCUCUCCAGUACCUGUUGGCUCAUUGUUGACCGUAUCCAUCCGCCAGCCACUGUAUACUGCUACACUAGAGGUUAGGCCCUCAUAGCCUUUCACUCGGUAACCUAGGAGAUCUUUAGGCGUAGGUCUUUAAGCACAUGAUUGAGCAGCUUUGAAAGAAUUAAGGGGCUGACUGUUGUUUGCUGCUAAUUGCCUUUUUCCUUUUUUUUCUUUCAACAUAGUGUGUUUAAAUGUGUCGUUGACUGAAUGGCGAGAGAGUGGUUAACCUCAUUCUCGCUCACUUUCGUGCACUUGAACGUGUGUGUCAAUUUAAAGAACUGAGAGAUAGGCUAUUUGGUUUCCUAAUUUCAUGUUACAGUUUAGUGACUAAGCUAUAUGGAUAGCAGCAGUUUCAGUAGCUGUUAAAACCGUAUGACUUUUCAUGGUGGCCUACUUGUCUUUGCAUAGUUUUGAUCUGCAUGCAUGCAACCUGUUCACUGGGAACUGUGAGUUGUAGAGAAUGGAGGUACUGGUAAGUCAGAACAAAAGGUAGUUCGAUAUUAUUGUUUUAUAAUGAGACAUUUAUGGCUGUGUUAGUUCUUGUUAUGGACCACUGUCUGUUGUAACUUGGUUUUACGGUAGUGACAUCUGUGUUAGUGAAGUUACUUGGUGACUAUUUUGCAUCAGUUACAGAAAACAAUGGCUUGUCAUGUCUGGAUAGAUAUUUGCCUGUCAGAGUGUGAAGUUGAUUAAUAAAACUUCUUCCCUUUUUCUGUCCAAACACAAGCAACAGCAGAACAACAGAAUGGAUACAGAACUGUGCUGUUUAUUUGAUGAUGUUGACUUGAACAGUUUUUGUUUGUUUGCAGGACUCCAAGUUGCCCCUAUCCUUGCGGAGCAAUCUACUAGACCUGUUUGGACAGAUAGAGCGGGAGUUUGAGAAUCUCUACAUUGAAAACUUAGAAUGUAAGUGAAAACAAGACGGCAUAUCAUGUGUAUUUAAUGUAACGCCCAAAAUGGAUGAUAAUUGAUUCGCCUAUUUACAUACAGACAGUAAUUGAUCAAUGGAUAAUGUUAUGGAAGUAUUGUAGGAAGGAAUGUCUGCCCCCUUUCGGGGACUGAUUUGGUACCACAGUCUACCACUCAUCCACCUGUUUGUUUUAUGUUUGUGGGGUGAAAUAUUGAUCUUGAGGAAGCUGAUUGACUUCCUUGUGGUUUUGUGGUGGCUGUCUGUCAUCUGUGUUGUCCGAUAACCGUGUGUGUGCGCUAAUUCUGCAGUGCGCCGGGAAAUUGAUACACUCAACGAGCGCUUAGUAUCCGAAGGACAAACCAUAGACGGAGGAGAGCUGAGCAAAGGAGCUCUGAAAGCGAAAGGUACAGUUAACCUGAAGUAUAGUAUUUAGUCUUCCCUUGAGGGAUAAUACAGUUGAAUUGCAUUUGUUAUAGGCUUGGAUAUUGUUAAUUGAUGAAUUUAUUUGCUAGUUUAUUUUCACUGGUUUUCUUGUAGCAUUUACUUACAGAAUAGUAAAUAUAACUGCUACUCUAGUGUUAAACCAUUAAAAUAAACAAGGUACAGUUUUGUUAUCUUUGCAUAUGGUCUGAAUCUCAUCACAGUAUUAUUAUGUGGGCUGACACAUUAGUAAAGCCAAGGUUGAGAUGAAUAUAUAUACAUCUUUUUUUAUAGUUUAGAGGUGUUUAUGCCUUCCUCUAAGAAAGAAAUCCAACCUGUUUCUCUAACGAUCUAACCAUGUGUUCAUCUUUGUGUACAUACACAGCCAGUCACAGUACCAGUCAGCUCUCUCAGAAACUGAUGACCACUUACAAAGCCUCCACGAGCAAGGUAUGUUUGAUUACACACUGUGUUACACACUGGCGCUCAUUCAUCGUUGAUUAGAAUGGGGAAAUAAGAGUAAGCUUCUAUGUAAACAUUCUAGCUGUUAAGAUCAUUAGAGCUCGUGUAAUGAUUUACUGCUAUCAAAAGCCCUUUUGUAACUGAGUUGUGGUUUAGAUGAAUACUUCCUCUCCCGCAAAAGUUUAUUGAACGAGUGAACAGAUCGGUAUAGACUGAAAGCUUUUCAUUGUUUCAAUAUUUAAGUACACAGUUACGCGUUGUACUGUAUGUUUAUGGCAAACUCACUAUUUGUAACCUGAACCCUAUUUCCAAUUAUUUUUCUCUGCUUUUGACCAUAGGCUACAUUCUUGUUUACUGGUUGUUCAAUAAUGGUGCUUUUGAGUCUGAAUAAGGCACAGUUACUGUUCACAGGGUAGUAGUGAGUGGGUGUGUUAAUAAUGGAUUGGAUUUACAUAGCGCCAUUCUACCAACUGAGGUACUCAAAGCGCUUUACAUAGUAAGGGGGAAACUGGCCUAUCCAGCACCAAUGUGUGGUUAGUGAGUGAGAACAUUGUGGUGUCUCCUCUCGGUAGAUAGUGUCCAGUUUCAAAGCCACCACAUCCAGAGCUGUGUGUCAGAUCCUGAGGGAGUAUGUGGGCCACCGGGACGGCAUCUGGGACCUAGCAGUCACACGGAACUCACCUGUGGUUCUGGGGACCGCAUCAGCAGGUCAGAAAUGUCACCUCCAAGGUGGACCUGAAAUUGAAAUGUAUACAUUUGAAAGGAUAAACAACAAACUUCACAAGAAAAACGCAUACACAUUUAGGCUACAUGUUAACAUAUGAAGAGGUGGGCAUCAUUAUCUAAUUACUGGAAUCUGGAAUUGUGCUAGGAGGUGUUUUGAGAUAAAACUUGCUGGGAAAUGUUUUGCCAUAAAGCUUUGGAUAAAUAGGUUGUAACUUUUUUUCAAUGUUCCCCACAGAUCACUCUGCUGCUCUGUGGAGUAUAGAGACAGGGAAAUGUCUGCUUAGAUAUGCUGGUCAUGCAGGAUCAGUCAACUCCAUCAAGUUUCACCCUACGGAACAGAUGGCCCUUACAGGUAUGCUAAUGUAUGGUGAUGCUACGAAUACACCACAUGCAGGUGUUAAUCUGUGUUGUAGAUUGUGUGACUGUUGUAGCUAGUUCAGCUGUUGCUUGUUGUUCAACUGUUCUUGUUUAACUGUUGUUCAACUGUGCCGUCACCUCAGUACAGAUGUGUUGAAACAUGACUCUCAUCAGCGAGUGUUCACAUAUCUUUCCCUCCAUUUUGACGUGUUUCAUCGUCACAUUCAUAAUCUCUAUUCUCUCUGUGUGUGUUUGCUAUGGUAGCUGUGAGUUGGCACAUCAUUAGAACUAUGAGAUGUGAUAGAUGACUGCCUGUGUGUGUGGGGGUGUGUUUGCUAAAGUGACGCUUCUCAGUCCAUCUGUGUUUAUUCGUGUGUGUGUGUUCGUGUGUCUUCACGUGUGUGUGUGUGUUUCCUCAGCGUCUGGGGACCAGACGGCUCACAUCUGGCGCUACAUGGUACAACUGCCCGUCAUCCCGCCUCUAGCAGAUAUCAGCGUGAGUCUCAUCCCCUGUCAUCUACUCACAGCCCCACCCACCCACUCACUCCCUCAACUCACUCAUUCACCACCCUUUAUCACAUCUCUCAUGCAUACAUUUACUCAUACACUAUCCUCUCUCUCACACACACACACACCUUUCAUACCUCUAAAUCACUCAUAGAUACUCCUAAAUGAUGAACGAACAGGAGAUACAAUUUAAGAUAAGGGGCCUGUAAAGAAACUCUGUUCCCCGCUGCUCUAGGCACUGUGUGACGACGAGCUGGACUUCUCAGACAGGGAGGAUGGUGACGGGGACGGGGAAGGUCCGUGCAGUGAGGUCCCAACCAUCCGUGUGGCCACCACCACCUUGAAGAGCCACCAAGGGGUGGUCAUCGCUGCAGACUGGCUGGUGGGGGGCAAGCAGGUGGUCACUGCUUCCUGGGACCGGGCUGCCAACCUAUACGAGGUGGAGACCUCCGAGCUGGUCCACACACUGACAGGUAGGCACAGAGGACGGACACAUCCAGACUAUGCAUAUGUAUUAUCAAUGGUUCUCUUCAAUGAAAUCUCCUCUCCCCUCUGCAUUCUCUGGUGGGCAACGCUACAAUGUCAAAAAUAGAUUCAAACCUGCGCCCGAGCGAGCCCCUGGCUGUUGUUACGAAAACCAAAAAACUAGCCUGCCAAUAUUGUUGCACUCGCUAAGUCUAGGGGUCCUAGGCCUAGUAACAUGGUCUGUAACCUGAAUGAAUGGGUACAUUUAUGUGAGAAAUCGACAGUGUUGGAUGCACAUGUGCCCAGGAGACAGCAACUUACCAAGUUCAGCGCAAGCUCCAUCUUGACCUCUUGGUCGGCUUUCCAAGCGGAUCAUUAUGUUCAGAUGGGGACGAAAAUAAAUAUAUACAAAAAGGAAAACUACUAUAAAAUCUACUGGGUCAAGUCUGCCUUUUUACCUCUAAUUAAUAUGGGAGAUUAUCCAAUGACAACCAGGACCUAAAAUGAACACCUGCCAAAUGCGGGUAGAUUUUGGCAUUGGCAGGUAAGAUGUCUAUUUCACCAGCGACAUUUCCCUUUAAAAAAAUAAUGCAGUUUUGAAACUGCUGUAAAAGUGCAGUUACUGCAGUCGACUGUGGUAUUUUGGACACAGAGACACAGUUAUACUGCACUCUAACUGCAUUUACACUGCAAAAUUACUGCAGUAAAAAAAAGGUUAUUUUGGACGCAGUAUUUGCCGCAUACUGCAGUUAUACUGCACUCUGACUGCAAUCUUUUUCACAAGGGUUGUGAAUACAAAUAUUAAAGUAUGAUCACAUUUAUAGUAAAAUAAAUGCUGCAGUAGCUGUUUUCAAAGUAUUGCUGACGUUUUGUUUCAUAGCUGGGAAAUUAAUCGCACAAAAACAAAGAACUACAGUGGGGAAAAAAAGUAUUUGGUCAGCCACCAAUUGUGCAAGUUCUCCCACUUAAAAAGAUGAGAGAGGCCUGUAAUUUUCAUCAUAGGUACACGUCAACUAUGACAGACAAAAUGAGGAAAAAAAUUCCAGAAAAUCACAUUGUAGGAUUUCUAAUGAAUUUAUUUGCAAAUUAUGGUGGAAAAUAAGUAUUUGGUCAAUAACAAAAGUUUUGUCAUACUUUGUUAAUACCCUUGUUGGCAAUGACACAGGUCAAAAGUUUUCUGUAAGUCUUCACAAAGGUUUUCCACACACUGUUGCUGGUAUUUUGGCCCAUUCCAUCCAUUGCAGAUCUCCUCAGAGCAGUGGAUUGUUUUGGGGCUUUCGCUGGGGCAACACGGACUUUCAAACUCCCUCCAAACGAGUUUCUAUGGGUGUUGAUAUCUGGAGACUGGCUAGGCCAACUCCAUGGACCUGAAACUGCUUACUUACGAAAGCCGACUCCUUCGUUGCCCGGAUGGGCGGUGUGGUUUGGAUCAUUGCAUGCUGAAAGACCCAGCCACGUUUCAUCUUCAAUGGACCCUUGCUGAUGGGAAGGAGUUUUCACUCAAAACUCUCACGAUACAUGGACCCCAUUUCAUUCUUUUCCUUUACACGGAUAGUCGCCUGGUCCCUUUGGCAGAAAAACUGCCCCAAAGCAUGAUGUUUCCACCCCCAUGCUUCACAGUAGGUAUGGUGUUUCUUUGGAUGCAAACUCAGCAUUCCAUUUGUCCUCCAAACACGACGAGUUGAGUUUUUACCACAAAAGUUCUAUUGUGGUUUCAAUCUGACCAUAUGACAUUCUCCCAAUCCUCUUCUGGAUCAUCCAAAUGCACUCUAGCAAACUUCAGACGGCCUGGACAUGUACUGGCUUAAGCAGGGGGACACGUCUGGCACUGCAGGAUUUGAGUCCCUGGCGGCGUAGUGUGUUACUGAUGGUAGGCUUUGUUACUUUGGUCCCAGCUCUCUGCAGGUCAUUCACUAGGUCCCCCCGUGUGGUUCUGGGAUUUUUGCUCACCGUUCUUGUGAUCAUUUUGACCCCACGGGGUGAGAUCUUGGGGUGGAGCCCCAAAAUCGAGGGAGAUUAUCAGUGGUCUUGUAUGUUUUCCAUUUCUAAAAAUUGCUCCCACAGGUGUUUUCUUAAAACCAAGCUGCUACCUUUUGCAGAUUCAGUCUUCCCAGCUGGUGCAGGUCUACAAUUUUGUUUCUGGGUCCUUGACAGCUCUUUGGUCUUGGCCAUAGUGGAGUUGGAGUGUGACUGUUUGAGGUUGUGGACAGGGUCUUUAUACUGAUAACAAGUUCAAACGGGUGCCAUUAAUACAGGUAACGAGUGGAGGACAGAGGAGCCUCUUAAAGAAGAAGUUACAGGUCUGUGAGAGCCAGAAAUCUUGCUUGUUUGUAGGUGACCAAAUACUUAUUUUCCACCAUAAUUUGCAAAUAAAUUCAUAAAAAUUCCUACAAUGUGAUUUUCUGGAUUUUUUUCCCUCAAUUUGUCUGUCAUAGUUGACUUGUACCUAUGAUGAAAAUUACCGGCCUCUCUCAUCUUUUUAAGUGGGAGAACUUGCACAAUUGGUGGCUGACUAAAUACUUUUUUUCCCCACUGUAUGAAUCCUAUAGAGCAGGGGUGUCAAACUCAUUUUAGCUCAGGGGCCACAUGGAGGAAAAUCUAUUCCCAAGUGGGCCGGACCGGAAAAAUCAUGGUAUAUAUAUAUAACUUAAAAACAACAACUUCAGAUUGUUUUCUUUGUUUUAAUACGAUCAACAUAAAGCUGGAGCCUGAGGACAGUGUGUCCAAAAUAGUACAAGCACAACAUCACUAUUAAUCAUAAAACACGUCAAGUUUAUUUGAAAAUUCUGAAGAAAAAGAACACACAAACACACAAUGCCUCAGUGAUUAACAGAACUGUUUCACAGAUCACAGAACUAUAUCAGGGUGUCAUUUCUCAGGCAGAAAUGUAGAUAAAAAUAAUGAAAUCCUGUUCCCCAAACAAGUGCAAGAACCACAGAGUCAAGAAUAGGUUAAAUAUACAAAUAAAAUAAAAUCAAUUAAAAACAAUAGCACAUCAACAUAAAAACAUAUAAACAUAAAUCUGAAAGCGUUGCUCAAACUCCCGUAACAGUCCCGUUAUUUUAUCUUUGAACCGCUUCAUGUCUGCCACAUGUUGGGUCGCGCACACAUUUUUCAGACAGGGGAAGUGAGCUGCAUCACCACCGGCAAGUUGCGUCUCCCACAAUGACAGCUUCAACUUGAAAGAACGUAUGCUAUCAUAAUACUGCGUGACAACUUUGUUGCGCCCUUGCAGCUGUUUGUUCAAGUUAUUCAGGUGCUCUGUAACAUCCACCAUAAAUGCAAGGUCCUGCAUCCAUUCUGCGGAAUGAAAUUCUAACACUGGUUUGCCCUUUUCUUCCAUGAACUGUUCAAUUUCUUCUCGUAAAUCAAAGAAACGCCUCAGCACAGCACCUCGGCUUAACCAUCUUACCUCAGUGUGGUAUGGCAGGCCAUAGAUGUGGUCUUUCUCUCUGAGAAGGCUGUCAAACUGACGGUGAUUCAGGCUUCUGGAUCGGAUGAAAUUAACAGUUUGGAUGACCACCUUCAUGACGUUAUCCAUCUUUAAUGACUUGCAACACAAAGCCUCCUGGUGCAAAAUACAGUGAAAAGUCAAAGUCAAAAAAAAUCACGUCCUCCAUUUGCAGAUUGCACUUUCUCUCUGAACUUUGUCACAACGCCUGCUUUUUUCCCGAUCAUUGAGGGCGCACCAUCUGUAGCCAGGCUGACAGCGCGGGACCAGUCCACUCCGACCCUGUCCAGCGCGCCGACGAGUACGGUAAAAAUAUCAGCUGCUGUCGUUGUAUCUGUCAUCGGCACCAACUCCACGAACUCCUCGGUGACGGUCAAUGUGUCAUCAACUCCGCGGAUGAAAAUGGCCAGUUGUGCAACAUCUGUAAUGUCCGUGCUUUCAUCAAUUGCAACCGAAAACGCAAUAAAUGACUUUACUUUUUGCUUCAACUGGCUGUCCAAAUCCACUGAAAGAUCGGAAAUCCUGUCUGCAACUGUGUUUCUUGUCAGGCUGAUAUUUGCAAAAGCCUGCCGCUUUUCAGGGCACACAAUCUCCGCUGCCUUCAUCAUGCAUGUUUUUACAAAUUCACCCUCACUAAAUGGUUUUGAAGCCACUGCGAUUUCAUUAGCAAUGAGGUAGCUAGCUUUCACUGCAGCGUCACUGAUGUCUCGGCUGUGAGUAAACACAGACUGCUGUUUCUUCAGACCCGCCAACAGUUCAUUCACCUUCUCUCAUCUCCGCUGUCCUUGAAAGUUGUCAUAUUUGUCGGCAUGAAGACUCACAUAGUGGCGACGAAGGUUAUAUUCUUUCAGCACUGCAACAUGCUCUGAACACACCAAACAUACAGCUUUCCCAUUCAAUUCCGUGAAUAAAUAGGAUUACAAUUUUUCUUGGAACACUCUGCACUCUGCGUCCACUUUUCUCUUUUUUGACAGAGACAUAUUGGGGCAAUGAGGGUGCCAAAGCACAUAAUGUUAAAAGUAGAAGCCGUAAUAAAUAUCGUGGGCAAAACAAAGUAGCUCAUUGGCUGCACGUGCUUGACCUACUUGCUCUGCCCCGGUAUAAACAGUUUGCUUGCUUAACACAAUUGCUAUUGCUUUAUUUAUUUUUUAUCAUCCCGCGGGCCGGAUUAAACCCGUUUGCGGGCCUGAUCUGGCCCGCGGGCCGGACGUUUGACACCCCUGCUAUAGAGCUUAUUCCACCUCUUCCUGUAACAUUGCCUGGCUAGGAGCUGUGCGCACGUAAAGAGCUGAGUGUAAGAUUCAUUUUUAGAAGUGCUGCACACAGGCAUAAAAAUUUGUCUAAUUUACUUGAAAUGAAAGUCUACUGAAGUGAGACUUUGUCCUUGUGUUUCUUGCCGAUUUACAUUGUUUUGUUCACAAACUAGGUUGUUUUUCUAUGUUUGAGUUUCAACUGUUUGCGAAAAACGAUUGCAGUUAGAGUGCAGUAUAACUGCAGUAUUCUGCAAUUACUGCAUCCAAAAUACCACAGUCAACUGCAGUUACUGCACUUUUACUGCAGUUUAAAAAUUGAUUUUUUUUGUAAGGGCAAUCUCACAGGCACAAACAUGACUCGAGUCGCGCUACCACGGUAAACGUUUAUUUUUUUUUGUCUCAUCUGUGAUAUUUUGGUCAAAAGACUCUGGUCAUAAGAUUUUUUGUUAAACAAUAUACCACAUUACUUCUUACUAGUAAUACAUUUACUAUUUCAGAAACAUUACAAAGCAUGCUCAUUUGUUUUUGUUUUGUUGGUGUGAUUUUAGUGUAAAAAAUAUAUUGCCUGGAAAUAAAUCAGUGGCUGGUAGAUUUUUAAAUCUACCUUCCACAGUGGAUGGUGGACCAAAAAGUACAUUUUACGCCCUGAUGGCAACACUUGGUAUCCCUGUAGUUAAACAGUUUAGAUACCUGGGAGUUGAUAUCCACCCCAUAGUCCAAUCCAUAGUUACAAAUAAUUACAACAAGAUUCUCGAAGACGUGGUGUCAUUCCAAUCACUGAUCUCUAUUAUCAAGAUGAACAUCCUUCCACACUUUAACUUUUUGAACUCAGUGCUCCCUCUGCCACCACCGACUGGAUAUUGGAAUAAAUUGCAUUCCUCAGUCUCUAAAUUUGUCUGGCAAAACAAGCCUCCAUUGCAAUAAACGACUGAACGCAGGUGGCCAAUGAAUCAAAUUUUUUUUGCAUUAUUUCUGGUCAUUUGUUCUCCGCCCUCUUUCCACAUACAGUGGGGAAAAAAAGUAUUUAGUCAGCCACCAAUUGUGCAAGUUCUCCCACUUAAAAAGAUGAGAGAGGCCUGUAAUUUUCAUCAUAGGUACACGUCAACUAUGACAGACAAAUAGAGAAAAAAAAAUCCAGAAAAUCACAUUGUAGGACUUUUAAUGAAUUUAUUUGCAAAUUAUGGUGGAAAAUAAGUAUUUGGUCACCUACAAACAAGCAAGAUUUCUGGCUCUCACAGACCUGUAACUUCUUCUUUAAGAGGCUCCUCUGUCCUCCACUUGUUACCUGUAUUAAUGGCACCUGUUUGAACUUGUUAUCAGUAUAAAAGACACCUGUCCACAACCUCAAACAGUCACACUCCAAAAUCCACUAUGGCCAAGACCAAAGAGCUGUCAAAGGACACCAGAAACAAAAUUGUAGACCUGCACCAGGCUGGGAAGACUGAAUAUGCAAUAGGUAAGCAGCUUGGUUUGAAGAAAUCAACUGUGGGAGCAAUUAUUAGGAAAUGGAAGACAUACAAGACCACUGAUAAUCUCCCUCGAUCUGGGGCUCCACGCAAGAUCUCACCCCGUGGGGUCAAAAUGAUUACAAGAACGGUGAGCAAAAAUCCCAGAACCACACGGGGGGACCUAGUGAAUGACCUGCAGAGAGCUGGGACCAAAGUAACAAAGCCUACCAUCAGUAACACACUACGCCGCCAGGGACUCAAAUCCUGCAGUGCCAGACGUGUCCCCCUGCUUAAGCCAGUACAUGUCCAGGCCCAUCUGAAGUUUGCUAGAGUGCAUUUGGAUGAUCCAGAAGAGGAUUGGGAGAAUGUCAUAUGGUCAGAUGAAACCAAAAUAGAACUUUUUGGUAAAUCUCAACUCGUCGUGUUUGGAGGACAAAGAAUGCUGAGUUGCAUCCAAAGAACACCAUACCUACUGUGAAGCAUGGGGGUGGAAACAUCAUGCUUUGGGGCUGUUUUUCUGCAAAGGGACCAGGACGACUGAUCCGUGUAAAGGAAGAAUGAAUGGGGCCAUGUAUCGUGAGAUUUUGAGUGAAAACCUCCUUCCAUCAGCAAGGGCAUUGAAGAUGAAACGUGGCUGGGUCUUUCAGCAUGACAAUGAUCCCAAACACACCGCCCGGGCAACGAAGGAGUGGCUUCGUAAGAACCUUUCAGGUCCCUGGAGUGGCCUACCAGUCUCCAGAUCUCAACCCCAUAGAAAAUCUUUUGGGAGGUUGUUGAAGUCAAUGUUGCCCACGACAGCCCCAAACAUCACUGCUCUAGAGGAGAUCCUGCAUGGAGGAUGGGCAAUACGCAGCAACAGUGUGUGAAAACCUUGUGAAGACUUACAGAAAACGUUGACCUGUGUCAUUGCCACAAGGGUAUAUAACAAAGUAUUGAGAUACUGCGUGAAACUUUGUUGCGCCCUUGCAGCUGUUUGUUCAAGUAUUCAGGUGCUCUGUAAAAUCCACCAUAAAUGCAAGGUCCUGCAUCCAUUCUGCGGAAUGAAAUUCUAACACUGGUUUUGCCCUUUUCUUCCAUGAACUGUUUCAAUUUCUUCUCGUAAAUAAAAGAAACGCCUCAGCACAGCACCUCGGCUUAAACCAUUUACAUCAGUGUGGUAUGGCAGGCCAUAGAUGUGGUCUUUCUCUGAGAAGGCUGUCAAACUGACGGUGAUUCAGGCUUCGGAUCGGAUGAAUUAAAACAGUUUGGAUGCCCACCUUCAUGACGUUAUCCAUCUUUAAUGAUUUUGAACACAAGCCUCCUGGUGCAAAAUACAGUGAAAAGUCAAAAAAUCACUCCUCCAUUUGCAGAUUGCCUUCUCUCUGAACUUGUCCAAACGCCUGCUUUUUCCCGAUCAUGAGGGCGCACCAUCUGUAGCCGGGCUGACAGCGCGGGACCAGUCCACUCCGACCCUGUCCAGCGCGCCGACGAGUGCGGUAAAAAAAUCAGCUGCUGUCGUUGUAUCUGUCUCGGCACCAACUCCACGAACUCCUCGGUGCGGUCAAUGUGGGCAUCAACUCCGCGGAUGAAAAUGGCCAGUUGUUUCAACAUCUGUAAUGUCCUGGUUUCAUCAAUUGCAACCGAAACGCAAUAAAUGACUUUUUGCUUCAACUGGCUGUCCAAAACCACCUGAAAGAUCGGAAAUCCUUGUCUGCAACUGUGUUUCUUUCAGGCUGAUAUUUGCAAAAGCCUGACGCUUUUCAGGGCACACAAUCUCCGCGUGCCUUCAUCAUGCAUUUUUUAACAAAUUUCACCCUCACUAAAUGGUUUGAAGCCACUGCGAUUUCAUUUGCAAUGAGGUAGCUAGCUUUCACUGCAGCGUCACUGAUGUCUCGGCUGUGAGUAAACACAGACUGCUGUUUCUUCAGACCCCCCAACAGUUCAUUUACCUUCUCUCAUCUCCGCUGUCCUUGAAAGUUGUCAUAUUUGUCGGCAUGAAGACUCACAUAGUGGCGACGAAGGUUAUAUUCUUUCAGCACUGCAACAUGCUCUGAACACACCAAACAUACAGCUUUCCCAUUCAAUUCCGUGAAUAAAUAGGAUGACCAUUUUUUUGGAACACUCUGCACUCUGCGUCCAAUUUUCUCUUUUUUGACAGAGACAUAUUGGGGCAAUGAGGGUGCCAAAGCACAUAAUGUUAAAAGUAGAAGCCGUAAUAAAUAUCGCGGGCAAAACAAAGUAGCUCAUUGGCUGCACGUGCUUGACCUACUUGCUCUGCCCCGGUAUAAACAGUUUGCUUGCUUAACACAAUUGCUAUUGCGCCAUCCAGUGGACGCAAUUGGAACAGCAGCAUUUUUAUACUUUACAAAAAAUAAAAAAUACAUUUUUAUUUUAUUUUUAUUUUUAAAUUAUUAUUAUUCUUUUUUCAAAAUCAUCUCGCGGGCCGGAUUAAACCCGUUUGCGGGCCUGAUCCGGCCCGCUGGCCGGACGUUUGACACCCCUGUUCUAAUCUGUCUGUAGAGGCUAGCAAAAUAUUAGAUCAAGUUCCAAAUAGGCCAAUUGAGCGAACAGCAUUGUUUUACAAAGUAAAACAAGAGAGAGCGCAUUGGCCAUCUCCGGUGUGUGAGCUGCACAUCAUUGGGUGAAAUUGGAAAGCUUUUUUAGGACUAUAAUUUCCUUCUCAUAUUGUACAAUAUGUGUGUCUCCACACACCUAGGCCUAGGCUAUUGAUUCAAGACAAGGUCAUUUUUAUUGAUCUCAGAUUCUGUUUGUCAGUGUCAAAGUAGCCUGUCAUUUCGAUCAUUUGUGCGGUAUAAAAAAAUAUUCUGCUAAAUGUAAAAUUGCAUGAAAUGCGUUUAGAAAAGGCCACAUUUGUCCCGGACCCUAGGCUACAAAAAAGGGUGUGAGGGUAAAGUUUUAGAAUCCUGCUCUUUUCUCUUGUUUGUUUAAUUUCAUGAUUGAGUGUGGGGGGGACAGAGGGUUCUUUUUACCCCUCUGUCAAUAUAAAUGAAAUAUAACAAAAUAAAAUACAAACAGGCAUGCCUAAACUAAAGAUUCAAAACCAAGCUAAAGGCCUCAUGGCCACCAAACCAACCAGCAGCCUCACGGCUUGCACGCUGAUGUGCUUAUCAACCUGGCUCAGAACCAGUACAAGGUUGCUGCUUCCCCCUGGGGGAAUGAAUUGUUGAAGUGUAUCCUGGAUAGUGUAUUUGUCUAUGCCCUAACACUAACCUUGACCUCAUAUCAUAACAAUGUCAUGUUAAGUACAGUUUCACAUGGACCCACAUCUUUAAUACUUUGUGUGUGUGUGUGUGUGUCCAGGCCACGACCAGGAGCUGACCCACUGCUGUACCCAUCCAAGCCAGCGUCUAGUGGUCACCUCGUCCAGAGACACCACCUUCCGUCUGUGGGACUUCAGAGACCCCUCCAUCCACUCUGUUAACGUGUUUCAGGGACACACCGAGUGAGUUACACACACACACACACACACACACACACACACACAGUCCCCUACAAGCAAUUUAGGUGCUUAACGUCACAAGUGAUGUCUCUAUUGUUAUUUCAGUGGCUACACUAUACAUCAUUUUCACUAAAACGGACGCAGUUGUUGUAAGGUUGGAGCUAAUUCCUCCACAAGAUGGCAGUACAACAUCUUAUUUCACCCAUAGAGCAGUCGAUACAUCACCACUCUGAAGCAUUCUCCAACCAUUUUCAGUGUUUUUAUGUUUUUCUUUCUUUAUAAAAACAUGUCACAUUAAUUUCCUGGACCCGACUGGCUUCAGGCAAAAUCCUCCACUUGCCUCUUUAUCAUUUAUUAUUGAGCACCUCGUCUUCACCACUUUGACCACCGUCUGAGACUCUCUCUUCCUCCCUUCUGCUCUCUCCAUUUAUCACUCAGUUUCCCCGUUAAUCCCUCACUCAUCCCUCGCUCUGUGUAAUUUGGCCCCUCUCGUUCCGAUGCUGUUAAAGGCUCAAUUUGAGUGGCUCAUUUGAAAACGUGGACUGUCAGCUCCCCCCAAACCCUCCACCCCCCCCCCCCCCCCCCCUCCUCUUACUCUCAAACCAUUUGAAUGUGACUCCUGUCGUCAGUCUCGUUAAUGCAAAGUGGUGUAGUACAGGCAGGCUGCUUCUGGCAGCCUUUGAUUGCUGGGGAUUACAUGGUGCUCAUUAUGUUCGACCCCAACAUGUAUAAUUCCUACAGAUCCCCACUUUCAUUCUCUCUCAUAGACAAUCACUGUAAUGAGAUUAACACAAGCACAGCCACUGUGAGUGUGUGUGUGUGUGUGUGUGUGUGUGUGUGUCGGCUGUCUGUCGUGGCCCGUUAGUACUAAGGCAAUUAUCUUCUCCUUCCUCUCUCUACGUUCACAGCAUCUCAAGCAAGUCCACUGAUACCUCCUCCACUCGCCUGAAUCUCUCUCUCUCUCUCUCUCUCUCUCUCUCUCUCUCUCUCUCUCUCUCACCUUUUUCUAAGACAAAAAGGGUUUGUUUUUGAGCUAAGUCAACCCUUGAGCAACAGCAGCAGUUCAUUGUAGUCAGAACUACCACAUAAAGCUCACCCACGAUGUGAAGUGCUUUAAAAACAUGGCUGCGUAUAACUUUGUAGCUUUAGUACUGCUCGAAAAUUGUCCGAAAUCAAAAAUUACUCAAACUAUCCACGUUUGAACAAAGUCUGUGUCCUUCUUGAACCAUUUAUAGUUAUUCAUCUUUAUAUGAGCUCUUUAACUAAGAACUCUAUUAUAACAACACUCCAAGAUGGCAUAGCAGUGCGGUCGUGUUUUCUGUAGUGUCCUCAUGUAAAUAGCCUGUUUUUAGUUUUUCUUGUCUUUUUCGUAUAUAUUUCUCAUUCUCACUUUCCAUCCUUUAACUAAAUAUACUUUCCUGCAACCCGCCUCACCCAAUGUGGAACGAAUUCUAUUAUUUCUUCAUACAUUUUUAUCCAAAACCUCUGGCUGAAACUUGCCAGCUAACUAGCUACUUGCUAUUAGCCACCGUUAGCGGUCUUCACCAUUGUCCGUGGCCGUGGCCUGCACUACCUACCAGCCAGCUCUAGCCUGGACAAUUAUCGGCCAGUCUGCACAUCGCGCUAUUGAGCCAGAGCAUAUCGGAUUUUCUGCCGGAAUCACUGAAUCACUGGACCUUAACACCGGAUCAUCGCAACUAGCUAGCUGCAACCGAAUGGCUGUUGUUGUUGUUGUUGUUGGCUAAUCACCACUAAUUACCACUGUCCUGAAGCUAACCCCAGUUAGCCUUGAGCUAGCCUCGAGCCAGGCCCAUCUCCCAGCUAUCUACCUCUCUGUCAACCAGACGGGACCUCCUAGUGUUGACACGGAGCCCCGCCGAUCCAUCACGACUGGUCUGCCGACGUAAUCGUCUGAUGUGGUUUCAACAGGCUUCCCAUUGCGACGACCACGAAGAUCCAUAUUCUAGCCCCGGCCCGCUAGCACACGCAAUCAACAGCCGUGCCUCCAGCUCGCCUGUAGCGUAGCAGCCACUGAACUUCUCCCGGACGUACUUAUUGCUGUUCACUGGACCUUAUGAUCACUCAGCUACACAGCUGAUGCCUGCUGGACUGUUCCUUUAUACGGUACCCCAUCCUGUUUAUCUGUUUUAGCCUCAGCUCAAACUUUCGUCACCAUUACCAGCUGUUGUCUUAGCUCUCUCGAAUAACACCUGUGACUGCUUUAUGCCUAUCUCCCAUGUCAAUAUGCCUUGCCUAUUGCUGUUUCGGUUAGUUCUAACUGUACUUUUUCAAUGUAGAGCCCCCAGUCCUGCUCAACCUGUCUCAGAUAGAUCCCACACACGCAGAGACCGGCUCAAUCGGUGCCUCCAGUGAUGCUAUCUCUUUCAUCUUUACCCAACGCUUAGGUGUACCUCCACUGUACUCAUAUCCUUCCAUAUCUGUACAUAAUGCCCUGAAUCUAUUCUACAACGCCCGGAAAUCGGCCCCUUGUUUUCUCUGUACCCAACGAACUAGAAGACCAGUUCUUAAAGCCUUUAGCCGUAUCCUUAUUCUACUCCUCCUCUGUUCCUCUGGUGAUGUAGAUGUUAACCCAGGACCUGUAGCCUCCAGUAUCACUCCUGCUCCCCAGGCGCUAUCAUUUGUUGACUUCUGUAAUCGCAAAAGCCUUGGUUUCUUGCAUGUUAACAUCAGAAGCCUCCUCCCUAAGUUUGAGUUAUCCACUGCGUUAGCACACUCAGCCAACCCUGAUGUUCUAGCAGUGUCUGAAUCCUGGCUUAGGAAGGCCAAAGAUUCUGAAAUGUCCAUUCCCAACUACAACAUUUUCCGUCUAGAUAGAACUGCCAAAGGGGGCGGAGUUGCAAUCUACUGUAGAGCUCUAUCAUACUAUCCAGGUCUGUGCCCAAACAGUUUGAGCUUCUACUUCUAAAAAUCCACCUUUCCAGAAAUAAGUCUCUCACUGUUGCCGCUUGCUACAGACCCCCCUCAGCCCCCAGCUGUGCCCUGAACACAAUAUGUGAAUUGAUUUCCCCCCAUCUAUCCUCAGAGUUCGUAUUGCUUGGUGACCUAAACUGGGAUAUGCUUAACACCCCGGCCGUCCUACAAUCUAAACUAGAUGCCCUCAAUCUCACACAAAUUAUCAAGGAACCUACCAGGUACAACCCUAAAUCCGUUAACAUGGGCACCCUCAUAGAUAUCAUCCUGACUAAUUUACCCUCUAAAUACACCUCCGCUGUCUUCAACCAGGAUCUCAGCGAUCACUGCCUCAUUGCCUGCGUCCGUAAUGGGUCCGCGGUCAAACGACCACCCCUCAUCACUGUGUCCGUAAUGGGUCCGCGGUCAAACGACCACCCCUCAUCACUGUCAAACGCUCCCUAAAACACUUCAGCGAGCAGGCCUUUCUAAUUGAUCUGGCCCGCGUAUCCUGGAUGGAUAUUGACCUCAUUCCGUCAGUAGAGGAUGCCUGGUUGUUCUUUAAAAGUGCUUUCCUUUCCAUCUUAAAUAGGCAUGCCCCAUUCAAAAAAUUCAGAACUAAGAACAGAUAUAGCCCCUGGUUCACCCCAGACUUGACUGCCCUUGACCAGCACAAAAACAUCCUGUGGCGUACGGCAUUAGCAUCGAACAGCCCCCGCGAUAUGCAACUUUUCAGGGAAGUCAGGAACCAAUAUACACAAUCAGUUAGGAAAGAAAAGGCUAACUUUUUCAAACAGAAAUGUGCACCCUGUAGCACUAACUCCAAAAAGUUUUGGGACACUGUAAAGUCCAUGGAGAAUAAGAGCACCUCCUCCCAGCAGGCUAGGAAAUACUGUCACUACCGAUAAAUCUACGAUAAUCGAAAAUUUCAACAAGCAUUUUGCUACGGCUGGCCAUGCUUUCCACCUGGCUACCCCUACCCCGGCCACCAGCUCUGCACCCUCCGCUGCAACUUGCCCAUGUCCCCCCCCCGCUUCUCCUUCACCCAAAUUCAGAUAGCUGAUGUUCUGAAAGAGCUGCAAAAUCUGGACCCCUACAAAUCAGCUGGGCUAGAAAAUCUGGACCCUUUCUAAAAUUAGCCGCCAAAAUUGUCGCAACCCCUAUCACCAGCCUGUUCAACCUCUCUUUCGUAUAGUCUGAGAUCCCCAGAGAUUGGAAAGCUGCCGCGGUCAUCCCCCUCUUCAAAGGGGGUGACACUCUAGAUCCAAACUGUUACAGACCUAUAUCCAUCCUGCCCUGCCUUUCGAAAGUAUUUGAAAGCCAAGUUAACAAACAGAUCACCGACCAUUUAGAAUCCCACCUUACCUUCUCCGCUAUGCAAUCUGGUUUCCGAGCUGGUCAUGGGUGUACCUCAGCCACGCUCAAGGUCCUAAACGAUAUAAUAACCGUGAUCGAUAAAAAACAGUACUGUGCAGCCGUCUUCAUUGACCUGGCCAAGGCUUUUGACUCUGUCAAUCACCGCAUUCUUAUUGGCAGACUAAAUAGCCUUGGUUUCUCAAAUGACUGCCUCGCCUGGUUCACCAACUACUUCUCAGAUAGAGUUCAAUGUGUGAAAUCGGAGGGCCUGUUGUCUGGACCUCUGGCAGUCUCUAUGGGGGUGCCACAGGGUUCAAUUCUCUGGCCGACUCUAUUCUCUGUGUAUAUCAAUGAUGUCGCUCUUGCUGCUGGUGACUCUCAGAUCCACCUCUACGCAGACGACACCAUUUUGUAUACAUCUGGCCCUUCUUGGACACUAUGUUAACAAACCUCCAAACAAGCUUCAAUGCCAUACAACACUCCUUCCGUGGCCUACAACUGCUCUUAAAUGCUAGUAAAACUAAAUGCAUGCUCUUCAAUCGAACGCUGCUUGCACCCGCCUGCCCGACUAGAAUCACUACUCUCGGCGGCUCUGACUUAGAAUAUGUGGACAACUACAAAUACCUAGGUGUCUGGUUAGACCGUAAAUGCUCCUUCCAGACUCACAUUAAGCAUCUCCAAUCCAAAGUUAAAUCUAGAAUCGGCUUCCUAUUUCACAACAAAGCCUCCUUCACUCAUGCUGCUAAACAUGCCCUCGUAAACCUGACUAUCCUUGACUUUGGCGAUGUCAUUUACAAAAUAGCUUCCAACACUCUACUCAGCAAAUUGGAUGUAGUCUAUCACAGUGCCAUCCGUUUUGUCACCAAAGCACCAUAUACUACCCACCAUUGUGACCUGUACGCUCUCGUUGGCUGGCCCUCACUACAUAUUCGUUGCCCAACCCACUGGCUCCAGGUCAUCUAUAAAUCCCUUCUACGCAAAUCCCCGCCUUAUCUUAGCUCAUUGGUCACCAUAGCAACACCCACCCGUAGUAUGCACUCCAGCAGGUAUAUCUCACUGGUCAUCCCCAAAGCCAACACCUCCUUAGGUCGGCAAUCCUUUCCAGUUCUCUGCUGCAAAUGACUGGAAUGAACUGCAAAAAUCUCUGAAGCUGGAGACACUUAUCUCCCUCACUAUCUUUAAGCAUCAGUUGUCAGAGCAGCUUACCGAUCACUGCACCUGUACACAGCCCAUCUGUAAUUAGCCCACCCAACUACCUCAUCCCCAUAUUGUUAUUUACAUUGUUAUUUAUUUUGCUCAUUUGCACCCCAGUAUCUCUAUUUGCACAUCAUCUUCUGCACAUCUAUCACUCCAGUGUUAAUACUAAAUUAUAAUUGUAAUUACUUUGCACUAUGGCCUAUUUAUUGCCUUACCUCCAUAACUUACUACAUUUGCACACACUUUAUAUAGAUUUUCUAUUGUGUUAUUGACUGUACGUUUUGUUUAUUCCAUAUGUAACUCUGUGUUGUUGUUUUUAAUCGCACUGCUUUGCUUUAUCUUGGCCAGGUCGCAGUUGUAAAUUAGAACUUGUUCUCAACUGGCUUACCUGGUUAAAUAAAAGUGAAAUAAAUAAAAUAACUCAGUUCCUCAGAACCCUUAGCAGUAAUGACGAGUGGGAGGUAGAUUUUUAUUCAGAGGUAGGCAGUGAGAUCAAGUCUUACUGUUCUUUUUCUAGACCUGGAACAAUUAAUGACUUAUUUAAGAACGUGUUUACUUCAACACGUGCAUACUGUAUCUGAGAAACUGCUCUCUCGUGUGUGUGUGUGAGAGAGUUCUGUACAUGGUGCUGUGUGUGAGUACGUGUGUGUGUGUUAGCUGAGACAGCUGUUAGUCCUAAUGCGUGUCAGUCAUAGCAUUGUAUGUGCGCUGAUUGAGGCCCUCUCAGGGAGCCAAGUGUUGCGGUAGACUGUUUGUGUGUGUGUGUGUGUACUGUCAGCUGUAGGGAGACGCUUGGCUGCCCUGCGCCCAACAAGAUGAAUGAGGCCCACACACAGCCUGGCAGGGAGGCCUCCCUGUGAAGGCUCAGUUAGACACACACACACACGCACACAAACCACAAACUCAUGUCCCCUGGCCCUGGAACUCCCUACAACCACUUUGUCCCGCCACACACACACGUCAUGUGGAGCCAUGAGUUAUGAGCUGCUGAGUGACACCACAGAGGGGCCUUCCCUUAGGGAGCUCCUGUCGCAUACACUGACAGCAGGGGGUUAGAAACGCUGCAAUCUGUUUCAGAAGGGACAAAUAUGUGACAAACAAAACGCCUGAUAUGUUUAACUAUAGGGAGUAGCUGUUGGUCAUAUCACUGCUACCAAAUACCAAGCACCUCAUUUGGACACAUAUUGUACCAUUGCAGAAUGUUUUCAUACAGUACUUUAAAAUGCCAAUUGUAAGCAUUGGUUAAAUGGCAGAGGAUGCUACUAGGUACAAUAGUCUCUGGGGGAGUAUUUUGGGAUGGUUAGCAUGGUUGGAUUAGAUGUUUCUUCACACCGUAUCUGUCUCUUGUUCAGAGGGUUGUCUUGUCUGAAUUGGCUCCGCAGCGUGACCGAAGAAUACAAUGGCCUAGCUUUGAAGCCUAGCAGUUAAGAGGGUUGGGCCAGUAACAGAAAGGUCGCUGGUUCAAAUCCCCUAGCCGACUAGGAAAACUCUGUCUGUGCCGUUGAGCAAGGCGCUUAACCAUAAUUGCUUCUGUAAGUCGUUCUGGAUAAGAGCGUCUGCUAAAUGACAAAUGUAAAUGUAACAAUUUUAAUGUUUCUGAUAACAUGUCCUCUUGACAGAGCAGCACAGUGUAAUGUUGCAACAAUGGGCCCUAUUGGGGAGCGUUAGUGUAAAGGGUUUAAUAGAUAGCGAAAGAGAGCUUUGGGGAAGGAGUGGCUCAUUUGCAGUGUCUUCAGACGCAAUUAUAGCUAAUGCACAGUGACAGAGUAUGGUGGCAGUCAAAAGCACAGCAUAUUCAGCCGCUAAGUCCCCCCUCCUUAUAAUUGUGGAAUAAUUGUGUCUGCAUCCCAAAUGGCAACCUAUUUGCUGUGUAGUGCACUAUUUUUGACCAGGAUCCAUAUGGCUCUGGUCAACACCAGUGCACUAUAUAGGGAAUAGGGUGCCAUUUGGGACACACACAAUGUACGUGAUCUAACAAGUAGAGUGCAGAUGAGAAGUGGCAGCAGACUUGCUUUACCAACGGGAUGCCAUGUCGCGUUUGUCUCUGUCGCUUCUGUUCCGAGGCGUUUGAUCACAGUUAGGCGUCUGUGUGUGUGUGUCUGUGUGUCUGACACAGCGCUUCAGAGGAAUAUGCCAACAUAAAUCUGAUUCUAUAGUCACUGUGAAUGUUCGUCUCAGUGCAAUUUAAACAUAAUGUAAUGUUGGGAAAAAUAUAGAGAACAGGUUCUAUUCUUUGACAGGCUAGAAUCUUCUAUUAAUAUGAUAUACAUAGAAACGGGAGGAAAUGUUAGAUCAUUAUGAUACUCAAACAAUGAAAUGACACAGAAUUAUUGUAUUUUAUGUACGCCAAAUAUAUCCACAGGAUGUUUCCUGAAAAAUGCAGUGUACCAGUAUUUUAUCCCCUGUUAUUGUAUGAUUUAUAAUGCAAAAUCUACAAACACAUUAAUGAUAGCUAAGGAUGUAGACCUCAGGAAGAUGAAAGAUAAUGUCCAGGGUUAAUAGGUGGACGUCUCUCUUUAGCCUUUAACACAGACUGGCCCAGUCACUGAUACCUCUGGACCUUCUCCUUCCCUGCUACCCUCUUCUCCCCUCUUCCUAAUGAGCCUUGACCUUGCUUGUCAGUCGGCUCAGGAGCGACGUAACAUUUCAGAAUACCUCCCAAGUUAUAAUAGGACUUUAAUAACGCUUUUAAUUUAUUAUCUCCUCUCCACUUUACAAUCCCUGGUGAGCAAACCUACCCUACAAUGUCAAAAAGCAUGUUGGACUGGUCAGCUAUUUCAUACAUAGUGUACUACUUUUGACCAGAGCACUUUGAGGCCGGGUCAAAAGUAGUACACUAUAUAGGGGAUAGGGUGUCAUUUGGGAUGCGGUCUUAAAUUUAAACCCGCCCAUGAGCGAGCCGCACACCCCCGGUGGUCAUAUUACGUACAGUUUGACACGGCCCCACAUCUUUAAUAUGGCAGAGUUUAGCCCCAUAAUUAAACUGUAAUAUAAUGUCAAUUUAAAUUAAAGAUGGCUAGGAGUUAGCCAGUGAGUGAGGCUAAAAUGGUGCUGCAUGGGGCUCUUCUGCUGCUAAUCUUAAUCAGAACGAACAGAGCGCCAAAUCGAAUCCUCCUGGCUCCUUCAGUGGAGAGAGGGAGGGGGGGUUGGAAGAAAAAGAUGACAGGGAUGUGUGAAAUGAAUAAGAAAUCUUAAAUAAGUCCAUUAAAGGAAUUGUCCUGACCUCAGCAAGGUGUAAGAGCGACGUGGUACAUCACGCCUGGCUCCCGCCUGGGAAAAGGUGCUGAGGUGAGCACCUUUGGGCCAACCUCUCCUGACCCUCAGAGACUAUGGUGACUUUCAAGACACACUCACACUAGCCCCCCAGGCUAAGCACUGAGCACCUCCUCAGGCUGCUAAUGUCAGAACAUGCCCUCUACACUGUCACUGCUCCACUAGCUGUGGCUCCAACAACCAACCAGCCAGCCCAGUGCCGGAGGCAGGCGUACCCAGAGACGGCACGCUGAGAGGCAGCCGCAGAGACAGGCAGGGCUGGGGAGAGGAGCUCCGCUCUGGAACUGACUGA